CCCGUAUCAAAGCUAAACAGCUUUCAAGAGCGGAGAAAUUAGAGUUAAGCAAUCCAAGGUGGCGGAGGAUUCCUGCACUAGAUGUCCGUGAGCCUAUCCUCCCCCGUUGCUAUCAACAAGAGCACAUACACAAUAUGUAUGUUGCCUCGAGGAGUCCCGUUCUUCUAUGUGACCCUAUUUCAAUCGACUUGUGACCCCGCCUGCCGAAAUUGAAAUUGACGGCGGGGGUGUCUUUCAUAUUUGCAUUCGUCCUUUGCUCCCACCCGCUCGAGAUUCUCCGCGUCUACACAUACAUUCGGCCCUGACAGAUCUGCCCGUGCACCAGCCGUGUCUAUCUCGGGCCCUUUGAAUCCACCGGAUGUCUCGAUCUUCUCAAGAUGGCACUUUUGCACGGUCUCCUCCAACUGGACCACGGAAUAACAAGGAAACAUGGACCAGACACCCUGCGGAACUUGACUUCCUUUGUCCGACAAGCAUAGAGGACACGGAGAUCAUCGACUAUCUUCGCGAACACGUCUUCAGCGUUCCACCUCGUGCACACUCGACGUCGCCAUCCGCUUACGAUGAGAGAGGAGAGAGUAGCGCGUUCUUUGGUGUUGUGUGUCAAAUCAACGGCCAGCGCGUGGAGGUCC